GAGUUUCACUUUCGUAGGAAUGAAAUGUUUGCAGAUCUCAAAUAGAUGGCAAAGUUAACUACUAUAAAAACGGGUGAUACAAUUACUUUAAGGCAGUUUAAGUUUAAUCGUCAAUUUGAACCGAGGGCACUAUGAAGUUUCUGGCUCUUAUCGUAUAUGUCUUCGUAAUGCUGAGUCUGGUUUCCAAACUGGAGGCUCGCCAGCGUUUCUACUGCCUGUGGAGCACCAAAAGGACCUGUUCAAGGACCAGUCCCCAAUGCCUUCGACUCCAGUCGGGAGUUGAUCCACAGAAUAAUGCGGUAUACACAUGCAAAUACUAUCGCGACGAUUGCAAGUACCUUCUGGAUAAGUGCAAGGGCAGUACAGCUUAUGGCCAACUUGGCACAUCGGUGAAUGUGGUUACCUAUUGCAUUGGAAAUAAUAUCGCCAUUGGAGGAACAGGAGACUGCACAUAAGCUAGUUGUAUUUAUUGUCAUUUUAUAUAUGAGUUAUUAAUUAAAAGAUGUUCUAUUUGAUAAUUCCAAUCUUAUCUUAUUGAUGCAAGCCUUCU